ACCGCGGGAAUACCCGCGCCCCCAGGCCACAGAAAGCCGGCUUUGGGCCAGGCGUGCGGUACCUCUGGCUACCGCGAUCGCUCCGCCUGUGGCCCCGGGUUCCCUUCCUUCUCGGCCGUCCCUCCCUCCGCCCCUGUCGCCCGCCGGGCGCCGGACACGCUGCUGCGCUUCAUCUCUUGGGGCGCUCUUCGCCUGGGCCAACCGUCGCAUCCCCUGCAACUCUGGAGCAGUGGCCGUUUGGUGUUGAAUGUUCCCCAUCAAGGGUGCAUGGCUGCGGAAGCAAGGCGCGCACCCGGGCUCCGAGGGGCCGCUGUCCGGGAAGCGGUGAUGCUGCUGCUGUGCCUGGGGGUGCCCGCCGGACACCCCUACAAUUUAGACCCCGAGAGCGCGCUGCUGUACCAAGGCCCCUCUGGCACGCUGUUCGGAUACUCUGUGGUGCUGCACAGCCACGGGGCGAAGCGAUGGCUCGUCGUGGGGGCACCCACUGCCAGCUGGCUCACCAAUGCCUCUGUGGUCAAUCCUGGGGCGAUUUACAGAUGCGGGAUCGGAAAGAAUGAAGGUCGGACCUGCGAACAGCUCCAGCUGGGUAGUCCUAAUGGAGAACCCUGCGGAAAGACUUGUUUGGAGGAGAGAGACAACCAGUGGUUGGGGGUAACACUUUCCAGGCAACCAGGUGAAAACGGAUCCAUUGUGGCUUGUGGGCAUAGGUGGAAAAAUGUAUUUUACAUAAAGAAUGAAAAUAAGCUCCCCAGUGGUAUUUGCUAUGGGAUGCCUUCUGAUUUGAGAACAGAACUGAGUAAACGGAUGACUCCAUGUUACCAAGAUUAUGUGAAAAAAUUUGGGGAAAAUUUUGCAUCAUGUCAAGCUGGAAUAUCUAGUUUUUACACAGAGGAUUUAAUUGUGAUGGGGGCCCCAGGAUCAUUUUACUGGACUGGCUCUCUUUUUGUCUACAAUAUUUCUUCAAAUAAAUACAAGGCAUUUUUAGACAGACAAAAUCAAGCAAAAUUUGGAAGUUACUUAGGGUACUCAGUUGGAGCGGGUCAUUUUCGGAGUCAGCAUACUACUGAAGUGGUAGGAGGGGCCCCUCAACAUGAGCAGAUUGGGAAAGCAUAUAUAUUCAGCAUUGAUGAACGGGAACUAAAUAUCUUACAUGAAAUGAAAGGUAAAAAGCUUGGCUCAUAUUUUGGAGCUUCUGUCUGUGCUGUGGACCUCAACGCAGAUGGCUUCUCAGAUCUCCUGGUUGGGGCUCCCAUGCAGAGCACCAUCCGGGAAGAAGGAAGAGUGUUCGUGUAUAUCAACUCUGGCUUGGGAGCAGUAAUGAAUGAAAUGGAAACAGUGCUCAUUGGAAGUGACAAACAUGCUGCAAGAUUUGGGGAAUCUAUAGCGAAUCUUGGCGAUAUUGACAACGACGGCUUUGAAGAUGUUGCUAUUGGAGCUCCACAAGAAGAUGACCUGCGAGGUGCUAUCUACAUUUACAAUGGCCGAAUAGAUGGGAUCUCAUCCACCUUCUCACAGAGAAUUGAAGGACUUCAAAUCAGUAAAUCACUGAGGAUGUUUGGGCAGUCUAUUUCAGGACAAAUUGAUGCAGAUAACAAUGGAUAUAUAGAUGUAGCUGUUGGUGCUUUUCGGUCUGAUUCUGUGGUGCUGCUAAGGACAAGACCUGUAGUGAUUGUUGAAGCAUCAUUAAGCCACCCUGAGUCAGUAAAUAGAACAAAAUUUGACUGUAUUGAAAAUGGAUUGCCCUCUGUGUGCAUGAAUCUAACACUUUGUUUCUCAUAUAAGGGCAAGGAGGUUCCAGGUUAUAUUGUUUUGUUUUACAACAUGAGUUUGGAUGUUCACAGAAAGGCAGAGUCUCCGUCAAGAUUUUACUUCUUCUCCAAUGGAACUUCUGACGUGAUUACAGGAAGCAUACAAGUCUCAAGCAAAGGACUGAACUGCAGGACUCACCGGGCAUUCAUGCGGAAAGAUGUACGCGAUAUCCUCACUCCAGUUCAAGUUGAAGCUGCUUAUCACCUUGGGCAUCAUGUGAUCACCAAACGAAGCACAGAGGAAUUCCCACCACUUCAGCCCAUCCUUCAGCAGAAGAAAGAAAAAGACAUGAUUAGGAAAGUGAUAAACUUUGCAAGGUUUUGUGCCUAUGAAAAUUGUUCUGCUGAUCUACAGGUUUCUGCAAAAAUUGGAUUUUUGAAGCCAUACGAAAAUAAAACCUACCUUGCUGUUGGGAAAAUGAAGACAUUAAUGCUAAAUGUGACCGUGUUCAAUGCUGGAGAUGACGCUUAUGAAACAAGUCUGCAUGUCCAGCUCCCUGCUGGCCUUUACUUCAUAAAGAUCUUAGACCUGGAAGACAAACAAAUGAACUGUGAAGUAGCAGACAGCUCUGGCUUAGUCCAGCUUGCCUGCAGCCUUGGUUAUAUAUAUGUAGAUCGUCUCUCAAGGAUAGAUGUUAGCUUUCUCCUGGAUGUGAGCUCACUCAGCAGAGCCGAUGAAGACCUCAACAUCACAGUGCACGCCUCCUGUGAAAAUGAAAAUGAAAUGGACAAAGCAAAGGACAACAAAGUGACAUUAGCAAUACCUCUAAGGUACGAGGUUAUGCUGACUGUGCAUGGGUAUGUGAAUCCAACUUCUUUUGUGUAUGGAUCCAGUGAGGAAAAUGAGCCAGAAACAUGCAUGGCAGAGAAAAUGAACUUCACUUUCCACGUUAUCAACACUGGCAUUAGCAUGGCUCCAAAUGUUAGUGUGGAAAUAAUGGUGCCAAAUUCUUUUCUCCCUCAAACUGAUAAGUUGUUCAACAUUUUGGAUGUUCAGACAACUACUGGGCAUUGCCACUUUAAACCUUAUGAACGAGAGUGUACAUCUGUGCAGCAAAGGGGUGCAGCGGGGACCUUGACGGACAUACUCAAAUUCUUGUCAAAGACGGAUAAAAGACUUUUGUACUGCAUGAAAGCUGAUAUACACUGUUUAAAUUUCUUAUGUAAUUUGGGGAAAAUGGAAAGUGGAAAAGAAGCCAGUGUUCACAUUCAUUUGGAAGGUCGGCCAUCCAUCUUAGAAAUGGAUGAGACUUCAUCACUCAAGUUUGAAAUAAGAGCAACAGCUUUUCCAGAGCCACAUCCAAAAGUUAUUGAAUUAAACAAGGAUGAGAACAUUGCACAUGUUCUACUGGAAGGAAUACAUCACCAAAGACCUAAACCUCAUUUCACUAUUGUGAUUAUUUCAAGUAGCUUGCUACUUGGACUUAUUGUACUUUUACUAAUUUCAUGUGUUAUGUGGAAGGCUGGCUUCUUCAAAAGACAGUACAAAUCUAUCCUACAAGAAGAAAACCGAAGAGACAGCUGGAGCUAUGUCAACAGCAAAGGGAUGGUCUCAGAGGAAAUUUAAACUCAGAUCUUUACACUGAGAACCAAGUGCUAAAAUUACCUGACCCUUCCCUGCCUUCCAGGUCCAAGAGGAACACAGCUGCCUCCUAGGCUGA